AUGGCAUUAGAGAUAUCAGUGAUCACUGUGGGAGCUGUGCUGCUAGUUAUGCUGCUGUUGAUUUGCAUUUGUGGUCAGAGAGACAAAUUUGUAAAGGAUGAUCGCAAGGGAGGUAAAUCCACAGUUGAAUGGGGACUGCUGCAGUCUUUCUAUCAGCUCCUUCCCUGCUCCUCGUCUCCUUCCCUCCCAGGUCCUCCCAGUCUCUUCCUCAUAGGCAACAUGAUGGAGCUCACACACGACCACCUGCCAAUUCACCUGACCAAUCUGGCGCUGCGGUAUGGAAACAUCUAUCGCCUGAAAUGUGGAAACACAACCAUGGUGGUACUUAAUAGUACUGAAGUCAUAAGAGAAGCGCUGGUAAAAAAAUGGUCAGACUUUGCAGGGAGGCCAGUUUCAUACACAGGUGAUAUUGUGUCUGGGGGAGGGCACACCAUCUCUCUGGGGGACUAUAAUGAGGAGUGGAGGGCACAUCGUCGUCUCGUCCACAGUGCUUUGCAGCGCUGCUGCCAGCAGUCGUUGCACGAUGUUAUAGAGAGACAGGCGCUGCAUCUGAAAGAGGUUUUGAUGGACUAUCGAGGCAGUGCAGUUGAUCUCUCGGAGGAUUUCACAGUGGCAGCCAGUAAUGUCAUCACCACUUUGGCUUUUGGAAAAGAAUACAAUAAGAGUUCUUUGGAGCUGCAGCAGCUGCACAGCUGUUUGAAUGAGAUCGUUGCUCUGUGGGGCUCCUCCUGGAUUUCUGUUCUGGACUCAUUCCCACUGCUCAGAAAAUUACCUAAUCCUGUGUUUGCAAGUCUCCUCAAAGAGGUGGCCAAGAGAGAUGAAAUUAUAAGAGAACAUCUCAACAAUUACAAGUCACAAGCCCAAAAAACUGAGAAUGCCAUCACAGGGUCCCUCCUCCAGGGCAUUGACAAACAUCAAACCACAGAACAUGAAGUGCUCCUGACAGAUAUUCACGUUCACAUGGCCACUGUGGACCUUCUCAUCGGGGGAACAGAGACCACAGCAGCCUGGCUGAACUGGACUGUGGCGUUCCUCUUACACAGACCAGAGGUGCAGAACAAAGUGUAUGAGGAGUUGUGCACAGUGCUAGAGGGGCGAUACCCCAAGUACAGUGACAGGCACAGACUUCCUGUCCUGUGCUCUGUGAUUAAUGAGGUGCUCAGACUCAGGCCAGUUGCCCCGCUCGCAGUGCCACACAGAGCCGUCAGAGACAGCAGUAUUGCAGGUUACUUCAUCCCAAAGAACACAGUCAUCAUUCCUAAUCUUUUUGGAGCUCACCACGACCCUGCAGUCUGGUCUGACCCAUACAGCUUCAAACCAGAGCGCUUUCUGGAAGGAGGCGGGGGCUCCACACACGCCCUGAUCCCUUUCGGAGGGGGGGCUCGCCUCUGCCUGGGAGAGUCUGUCGCCAAAAUGGAGCUCUUUCUGUUCACUGCCUAUUUGCUGAGAGAUUUCCAGUUCAUCUCUCCCGAGAGCGAGGCCUCUCUGCCCGACCUGAGAGGAGUUGCUAGUGUUGUGCUCAAGGUCAAGUCCUACACAGUUAUAGCACAUCCGAGACCUGCGACCAAUCCCUGA